CGCGAGGAUCCGGGCGAGGCCCGCGGGCUCCCGGGCGGGCGACGCAGCAUGGCGGUGGAGGAGGAGGGGCUGCGGGUCUUCCAGAGCGUGAAGAUCAAGAUCGGUGAAGCCAAAAAUCUUCCCACUUACCCGGGGCCAAACAAGAUGCGGGAUUGCUACUGCACUGUGAACCUGGACCGGGAGGAGGUUUUCAGGACCAAGAUUGUGGAGAAGUCGCUCUGCCCCUUCUAUGGAGAGGACUUCUACUGCGAGAUCCCUCGGAGCUUUCGGCACCUGUCCUUUUACGUCUUCGACAGAGAUGUCUUCCGCAGGGACUCCAUCAUAGGGAAGGUGGCCAUCCAGAAGGAAGACUUGCCAAAGUACCAUAACAGGGACACUUGGUUCCAGCUGCAGCACGUGGACGCUGACUCGGAAGUGCAGGGCAAGGUCCACCUGGAGCUGAGGCUGAGCGAGGUCAUCACCGACACGGGCGCCGUCUGCCACAAGCUGGCCGUGCGCAUCCUCGAGUGCCAAGGCCUCCCGAUUGUGAACGGGCAGUGUGAUCCUUACGCAACUGUGACGCUGGCCGGACCCUGCAGAUCAGAAGCAAAGAAGACGAAAGUGAAAAAGAAGACCAACAACCCCCAGUUUGAUGAGGUGUUUUAUUUUGAGGUGACCAGGCCCUGCAGCUACAGCCGGAAGUCCCACUUUGACUUCGAGGAAGAGGACGUGGACAAACUUGAGAUCCGAGUUGACCUCUGGAAUGCCAGCAACUUGAAGUUUGGAGAUGAGUUUCUGGGAGAGCUGAGGGUUCCACUGAACGUGCUCCGCCAGUCCAGCUGCUACGAGGCCUGGUACUUCCUUCAGCCCCGAGACAACGGCAGCAAGAGCCUGAAGCCGGGGGACUUGGGGUCCCUGCGGCUGAACGUGGUAUACACUGAGGACCACGUCUUCUCAUCCAGCUACUACCGCCCGCUGCGGGACCUGCUGCUGAGGUCUGCGGACGUGGAGCCGGUGUCCGCGUCCGCCGCGCACGUCCUGGGCGAGGUCUGCAGGGAGAAGCAGGAGGCGGCUGUUCCCCUCGUGAGGUUCUUCCUGCACUACGGCCGCGUGGUGCCGUUCAUCAGCGCCAUUGCCAGCGCCGAGGUCCAGAGGACCCAGGACCCCAACACCAUUUUCCGAGGAAACUCGCUGACCUCCAAGUGCAUUGACGAGACGAUGAAGCUGGCCGGGAUGCACUACCUGCACGUGACCCUGAAGCCCGCCAUAGAGGAGAUAUGCCAGGGCCACAGACCCUGCGAGAUUGACCCUGUGAAGCUGAAGGAUGGGGAGAACCUGGAGAACAACAUGGAGAACCUGCGGCAGUACGUGGACCGUAUCUUCAGCGUCAUCACCAAGUCGGGGGUGAGCUGCCCCACUGUCAUGUGUGACAUUUUCUUCUCUCUUCGAGAGGCGGCUGCCAAGCGCUUCCAGGACGACCUGGACGUGAGGUACACAGCCGUGAGCAGCUUCAUCUUCCUGAGGUUCUUCGCACCCGCCAUCCUGUCCCCCAACCUCUUCCAGCUCACACCUCACCACACGGACCCACAGACGUCGAGGACGCUGACGCUCAUCUCCAAGACUAUUCAGACUCUUGGCAGCUUGUCCAAGUCGAAAUCCGCGAGUUUCAAGGAAUCCUACAUGGCUGCAUUUUAUGAAUUCUUCAACGAGCAGAAAUAUGCUGAUGCAGUAAAAAAUUUUUUAGAUCUGAUCUCAUCUUCUGGGAGAAGAGAUCCCAAGAGCGUAGAGCAGCCCAUCCUGCUUAAAGAAGGGUUCAUGAUCAAGAGGGCACAGGGGCGAAAACGCUUUGGGAUGAAGAAUUUUAAGAAAAGAUGGUUCCGCCUGACCAACCACGAGUUUACCUACCAGAGAAGCAAAGGAGAGCAGCCUCUGUGCAGCAUUCCCAUCGAGAACAUUCUGGCCGUGGAGAGGCUGGAGGAGGAGUCCUUCAAGAUGAAGAACAUGUUUCAGGUGAUCCAGCCGGAGCGAGCUCUGUAUAUCCAGGCCAACAACUGUGUGGAGGCCAAGGCCUGGAUCGACAUCCUCACCAAAGUCAGCCAGAGCAACAAGAAGCGCCUCGCCGUCUACCACCCAUCCGCCUACCUCAACGGCCACUGGCUGUGCUGUAGGGCCUCCUCGGACACGGCGCCGGGCUGCUCCCCCUGCACCGGCGGCCUCCCGGCAAACAUCCAGCUGGACAUCGACGGGGACCGCGAGACAGAGCGCAUCUACUCCCUCUUCCACUCACACAUGAGCAGACUGGAGAAGAUGCAAGAGGCCUGUGGCAGCAGAUCGGUGUACGACGGGCCCGAGCAGGAGGAGUACUCGACAUUCAUCAUCGACGACCCCCAGGAGACCUACAAGACACUGAAGCAGGUCAUUGCAGGGGUCGGGGCCCUGGAGCAGGAACACGCCCAGUACAGGAGGGACAAGUUCAAGAAGACCAAGUAUGGGAGCCAGGAGCACCCCAUCGGAGACAAGAGCUUCCAGAGCUAUAUCAGGCAGCAGUCGGAGACCUCCACCCAUUCCAUUUGAAGCCGAAUGUCCUGUCCCAGGACGGUGCCCUGGGCUGCGGCGGGAAAGCCCCAGUCUUCAGGCUUGAGGGAACAGAGAAAGGACAAUAGAGCAUGGGGCCUUCACUUCGCAGCUCGCCUGUGACCGGCGCCGGGCUCACUGGGCAGCUGAGACCCUCCCGGAGCUCAUCUGUGGUUGCUGGGGCCCCGUCGUCACACUGGCGGCAGGCGACCUGGGCUGGCCCUUCUGGAAGGAGGGACCGGGACCGCUGUGCCCGCUGCAGAACUCGUACUUCCUGUCCUGGACCCUUGGGCCUCUGCUGGGCUCUGUGCGGCCUGUGCGGUGGAGCCCCCAGCUCUCUCCUCCACACGCCCUGCGGGACCAGCAUGCUGAGCGCUUCGCGUCUUGUCGCCUGCCGGCGGCCUCGGCCCCGGCCCUCUGCUUCCAGCCCUGCCGUUACUCCUGCUGAAGGUCCGUUUCGCUUCCUCGUGCGUCACCGCACGAAGGCCCCCGUGUGCGAAUGCCUUGACGACUCGGAGGUACAGGGCCCUUCUGCCGAGAGUGCUGGGGCUUCCCGUCCCUCCUGCAGACGCUGGCGAGCUGCCGCUGCCAGCACUGCCAGAGCGGGCAACGCGCCAUGCAGAGUGUCUGGCCUGCCCCCCUUCAAGCAGAAUUGUCGUUUGCUGUUGGUGGGACUGAGAGCAGGGUCCACCUCAGCUGCCCCUUCUGGGAGUUUGGGGAAGGUUUUUAAAAUAGAAAUGUGCAUUAUUUUCAACCUGUUUUUCUUAAUGUUUUUAGAGGACCGUUUCUAACGAGCUGUUUGAUGAAGUACCUCAGAGCAUCUAGGCCUGUCGCAAAGGGCAGGCACAGGGGCACAAGCCGCUUCUCUGGGAAGCCGGUGGACGGCCCUCCAGAGCGCCCCAGGGGACGCAGCGUCCUGAGCUGUGCAGAUCCCCAGCCCCCGGGAGCAGGGCUUUGCCGUCUCUGUGAGGCCCCUAGAAGCUGCCAGGCAGCGGGGGUGCUUUUCUGUGGGGGUGGGGGGUCCCGACGUGGGGCAGCUGGCCUUCGAGCCUUGGAGAACACUGUUCAGAUGCUCGGACCUUGUGCCUGUCUCCGCUUUUAUUUGCAAAUACUGUCCAGACUCUGACCCAUGGCGGAUAGGACUUGUCACAAAAAUAGCGGAGGAAGAUGUUGCAGAAAAUACCCUUAGGGAUGCACAGCUAACAGGCCACACCGGACUACCGUUUUUAACUUGGAUUUGUAACUUGAUGUCUCUGUUUAUAAGAUACUAAUGAUCUGCAAUGUAUUUUAUUGGCCAAUUAAAACAGAUGUUUUAUUCUUUCUGA